AUGCCGCCUUCCAUCGUAAGGGCCAUCGCGACGGUGAAUCGCCACCUCGCCGAGCAGCACGAAGAUGUAAGUGGCAAUGGAGAGAGUACCGCGCUUUUGCAUCCGCCGCCCAGUGAGGUCUGCCCGGGCUCGCGGCGAUGCAUCCUUCCCGCCUUCCGGGAAACGUGGAGGGGCGGGCCGAAUGUCAUCGCGCCAGACCACGGCUCCUGCUUUGUCUCAGUGGAUUGCCUCUGGCACGACCGCAACCGUAUUUCGGAGGAGGAAAUGAAAGAGGUUGCCCUUCAAGAAGGCAACAAAUGGGAUGAGGAAACGUUAGCGUCUAUGGCUGUCACCUGCGCUCGGUGCGCUGUGGAUGCCGCGCCCGCCUUUGGCGCCAGUUGGCCGAGGGAACGAAACAUUGAAGGCCUAUUGAAAAACUCCGUGCGGGACAAAAUGAAGCUAUGCCGCAAUUGCAGGAUGCAUCACGUUCAUGGCGCCUUGGGUCUACAGGAGAGUCCAUAUGGUCAUGUUGGCGAGGUUUACGCUGACAUUCAGCAGCGACUCUCACUUGCCCGCGCGCGCGCCAUAUGCCCCUUAAGAAGGCAGGUGCAAUACAUAAGCGACAGUCUGUUUGGCAGCAUCGCGUUGCGCCAGUCUGUGUGUGUGCGCUGCAAAGGCGGGGUUCAGCCGGAGGAUCAUUUAUUUGCUUCUCAGCACGUCGAAGACGUUGAUGUAAAGUAG